CUCUCUCUCUCUCUCUCCAUAUCCCAUUUGUAGCCCUCCCUCUCUCUCAUUUUGGGUUUGGGUUCUCUAGCUUUCUGGGAAAAAUAUCUUCCCCACGAAAUAAAAUGAAUCCAAAACAAUCCCAAUCUUCCCCGCCCCAUAAUCCAAUCUUCGUCCCCAAUUUUCUCAAUUGAACCCUAAUUUCACCCAAUUCCAUUCCCAAUCCUCCUAGAACGAGCCUCCUCGGUUUUUUAACCCCCAAUGACUCGGAACUCCUCGUUUGAAUCGCCGCCGUCGACUCGGCCGUUACCUCGCGAGAAGCGCCGAGUCGGCGAAGUCGCCGGCGGCGCGGCAGCGGAGUGCGCAGCGGUGUGCUGCUGCUGUCCCUGCAGCGUGAUGAAUCUGCUGAUACUGACGGUGUACAAGGUCCCAAAGGGGCUGUGCAGGAAGGCCUGGGCCAAUACCAAGAAGAAGCGGCGGUGCGCUGCUCAGAAGAAGGGGCUGCUGCAGCCCAGGCCUAAAGGGCUCGCCGGCGGCGUCCUCUUCAGAGAUGACAUGGACGCCAAUAGAGACGCCGACGACGGCGGCGAUGAGAAGAAGAGCGACGCGGAAUCGGAGGGCGCAGAUUUGCUGGAGAAGGAGAUGUGGGCCCGCUUUUACGGGGCUGGCUUUUGGAGAAGUGCUUCUCAGAGAGAAUUAUGAUGAAUGUCGUUCUUUGGGCUCUCAUGUCGUUUCUUUGAUGUCGUUUUUGGGUGUACAUACAGUAAUUGGAGAUGUCGUUUUCGUGAGGCGGGAUAUUAUGCUUCGGGAGAGAUACGAUUGGGUGAUUGAUUGUCCUAAUUUGGUCUGUCAGUGUUUUGUAAAUGAGUGAAUCUAUAAAGUCGGCAGCAUCAGGACCAAAGCAAAAAAAAAAAAAAGAAUAUAGUUAAUGGUUUUUGAGUAGUAAAACCAUUGGGUGUGUGAAUCGUGAAUGGUAGUUUUUGCUUGGUCUUCAAUGAGUUUAUACUGUUCACAUAUUUUAACCUAAAAUAUUACAUAAUAUAAUGUUAAACCUGGAAACCUGGUUAAUAAUUUAUCCA